CACAUUACAAACGGCAGCGACUUGAAUACUCCAGUUGAGCUGUGGACUUUGGCUGUCCUGGCUGGGCUUUGGCUGUCCUACCGGUGUAUUCUAAUACUUACCCGAACAAUAGACGUACACAAUUAGGCCAUCGGGCAUCGAAAAUCGAUCAAGGCAAGACUGUUGCGCGCUCUGAGUGCUGCACCUUGCACGGCUUGCAGCGUGCCUCGUUGCCUUCCGCCACGCGGCAGGACUGUGCUGCCACCCUCUCCAUCGCCGGCAAGCCUGUGGCGAGCUGACAGCAUUCGCUAACUGAAUUUGCUACAGAGCCCGCACGAAGUGCCCCAGUGCCUGAAGUCCCUGGAUCCAGCUACGGGCGGUGUUCGGCACAGGCGGUCCGCGUAGCGGCACAUAUAGAAGCUAGUCACACUGCCGGUGCCAGGCGGAGCACGGUCGCGGCCUGCGGGCGCGGCCGCGAUGAAGUCAAGCGAUGAUGGAGACCAGGUGGUCAUCCCCAUCCGCCACGGCCCCAGCAAAUCGGCCGAGGGCUCCAAGCGCAUGGGCCAUAAGGACAGCAUUCUAGUAGGCCUGGGCCUGAUUCUCUUCCUGUCCUUAACCUGGCUCUACUUCGUGCAUAGGAUGUACCUAAAUGUCGCGGGAAGUUCCGCGCCAUCGCCAACACCCACACGAGUCGCCACUGUCAGCACAGGGACGGGCGGCUAAAUGCACCAUGAACAGCAUCAACAUCAGGAGCGCUACGACUGCGAAUUUUAGCAGCAAGGCACAGGCCAGAACGACGCCAUUAAUGUUGCAGUCCUAGGGUGUGGCGUGUGCGCAUAUGUGUACCUCAAGAGUUUGAAGCUGUGGCCAAUUCAAAAUGUGGCGUGUAUGCGGGGCAUGCACAUGGAGGCAGCAGGCAAACAGCAAUCACGCCCAUGAAGGUGCCUGGUGAUGAAGGGCAAUGGACGGACAGCGAGUACAAGACAAUCGCAUAAACCCGUUUGCGGGAUGUUGUCUUCCGGAUGCGGCCGUGCGGUCAGGAGUGUGACGUGCCAUAUGCUGCUGGACGAUGCGCUCCUCGAGUUCCGGACAGCUCCGGACACGUGAUAUCCGUCCCUCAGGGUCCUUGUGAUAACCGUGCACACGCGCUAAGAAAUCCCAGGAGUCCCGCAUACGCUAAGUCUGGAGGCAAGUGCCAGAGCGCGCUUUAGUGCCGUUGUAGAACGGUGGACGCCGGGGCCCCAACGCUUCUGCAAGGCCCUGGCACUGGGAACUUAUUUGUAUGCUGGGGUCUGGGUUCUCUGGAACUGGGAAUACGCUGCACAUUAUGCGGGCUUCCGGCUACGCAACCCUGCUCC